AGCUCUUCUUUUGGAUGAGAGUGAGCGGCUGAUAGUGCCGAGAGCUGAUUGGCUGAAGCUCCCUCUCUCUCCAUCCAUCUCCUGGCUGUUGGGGGGCGUGUCUGUCCGCGCGGACGUGCGGCGCGUGGCUCUCCGUGGAAAAUGGCAGAAAACCCAGCGGGAAAAGAGGGCGAGAGUGGGACCAGAACCCCCGAAACCUGCCGCCAGCAGCCGUUUCCUGUCGGACCGAGGAGGAUUCCGCGGCUUUCUGGCGCCUAAAGCCCCGGAUGAGCGGCACGAGCGUCCUCCCCGCUCCGAGUCCCGGAGGCGUGCCGGUCAUCGCGCCCGUCGACAUGGCCGUCAGGAUCUGCCUCGCCGGCUCUCCCCCUCUGCGCUCCUACUUCAGUAACCAUGACAACCAGAUGCUUCUGCCCGACACCGUGCUACAGUGCUGUAGACCCUUGAGGCCCUGCCUGGCUCCUGGCUGCUGUGAUGCCGUUGCCACGGGAACCGUUUCUUCAGCAGAAGAGAGCGGCCGGGCGGAGCCAAGGAGGAAGAGGAGGAAGCAGGUGGCGUUCGCCGACUCCCGGGGUUUGGCGCUGACCACCGUUCAUGUCUUUGAUGAGUCAGAGGACGACCUGCUGGCCGAGCUGCAGUUCCAGCUGACGGAGAUCGAGGACGCCGCCGCCAAGCAGAGCCUGCAGGAGGUCAAAGAGCCCGCCUCCAGUCUGGUUCUGGGCUUCACGCCACCGGCUGUAAACUACCUGGACCUCCGGAACCGCCUGAAAGCCCAGCAGGUUUGUCUGGAGACCUGUUCUGUGCACGACCGCCUUCUCUCCGGUACCAUCCAGGUCCAAAACAUCUGCUUUGAGAAGUCUGUGUCGGUCCGGAUCACCUUUGACUCGUGGAGCUCCUUCCAGGACGUCCGGUGCCGGUACCUGAACAACGUGUACGGCUGCCCCGACACAGAUACCUUCUCCUUCUCCAUCCUGGUACCGGAGAGCGCUUCCAGCGACGUGGAGUUCUGCAUCCGGUACCAGAUGGGCGACCAGAUCCUCUGGGAUAACAACCUGGGAAACAAUUACCGGCUGGUUCUGGUAGAACCAGGCUGGCGGAUCUCUGAGGGAAGCCCCAGGCCAGAGGUCCAGAGAGAUGGAACAGAGUUUGACCCGUUUGGAAGUCCCAGAACCUCAGCAGGAAUUUUUUCUGAGUGGCUGAGCUGGAACCAUGUGGAGACGGGCUCCCCCUACUGGUGAAGGUAGUCCAGAAGCGCAACAGAACCACUGAAGGUUCAGCCAAGUUCCACUGGAGAACCUGCAUGCAGACCAACAGGUUAUUCUGACCCGACAUGAGAACCCAGAACCGGUCCUGUUUUGUGUUUGAAAUAGAUCCUCUAAAUCUUGAACGUUUGCGUCCUUAGAUGAAUCUAUACGGAACCCUCAUGGGUCUGGUUCUGGCCCAGAUGAUACCAGGGAGCUCUAGAACUAUCCACAGAACUUUUUUAAUCUUCAGAACCUUUUCAGACCUUAAUACCUCCAAAAAUCUCAAAGCCUUAACCGUGUUCCGGUAGAUCCAGUAGGGCUGACCCGACCUCAGGACUUCAUCGUGUUGGGUUUGAAUUUUGGUUUUGGGCUUCAUCAGAGUCCAGACAAAUCAGGUUUUAGUCGGCUGAUCCAUGUAGAAGACAGUCCUGGAUCAGAACCAGUCCCUCACUUCUGGUUCUGCUGCAUAAGCCCAGAGUCCUGGUUCCGAUUGUGGAUAUCUUUACUGAGCACUUUCUCAAGCUUUUGUGUCGCUUCCAUCUUGCUGUGGUGCUCCCGGGCCUUCGGAACCAGUCAGAACCGGCCUGGUUUCCAAUGUUUUUAGGGUUUCUAUUGCUUUUAUGAGUCACAUGUUCCAGCAGAGACCCGCGGGUCUCUUCACAGUCACACUGUGAUUGGACGGAAGCUGAACUGGGAUUUCCUAAAGGAAUGGUUCCGGUUCUGUCCGGUCCCUCUGUUUUUUAUUGACAUGAGAUUCCAGAAUUUUAAUUGUGUGCGUUGUUUACUGAUGUUCUUAAAAGCUGCUGUUUAGGGUCCACUUGGACUUGGUUCUGUUGCGCUGAACCUGGAAGGUCCAGACUGCAACGGAACGCUGAGCUGGCAAUCGUUUUAGUGUGAGAUUCAGGUGCAGCCAUCACCUGUCACCGGGCAGAUUUAGAGGUAGCCCAGAUGUUUUACGCCCGACAGAACCUGAACGCACCACAAGACUAACAGUUAGUUCUCCCAGCCAGAAUGAUGACUGUCAAAGCAUCGCGGUGAUGAUGUCAAGCUGUAUUAAUCUGUCACACUGUAGCCCUGCUAAGGCAGGAAGUGAUGUCAGCCAGCACCCUGACUGUUCCUGUUGUGUCUUUUCAGAAUAAAAGUUGAACUCUU